GUUUAAACCCGAUUUCCCCUCUCUUUCUUCCUCUUCAACUCAACCUCUGGUUUCCUCAAUCAAAGUUUCUCUGAAACAACCCGUCCCUUUGAUUUAUGGAGUCAAGAGAGCUUCUUGUUUUAUUCUUCUUCUUCCUCUUCGCCCUUUCCUUCAGCUCCAAACCCAAGUUUUUUCUUGCUUCUGCGGACAAUGUGAUUUUUGAUUUCCGCUCUUUCACUCUGCGCAGCUUCACUCUCCUAGGCGACUCCCAUCUCCGGGAUGGCGUCUUCGGCCUCACCCAAGGGCUAGGUGUUCCCUCUUCCAGCUCCGGCACCGUAAUUUACAACUACCCAAUUCCGUUUUUCCACCAAGAAUCCAAUACUACGGCUUCUUUCAACACGAGCUUCUCAUUCUCGAUCAAUAACUUGACUGCUUCUUUUGGUGGUGGGUUGGCUUUUUUUAUGUCUCCGGAUAAUCAGACUCUGGGUAGUCCUGGAGGGUAUCUGGGUCUGGUUAAUUCUUCGCAGUUGACCAAGAACAGGUUCAUCGUGGUUGAGUUUGAUACGAGGCUUGAUCCCCAUUUUGGUGACCCAAAUGAUAAUCAUGUCGGUUUUGAUAUUGACAGUCUGAAUUCGAUCAAGACUGCCGAUCCAAGCUCGCAAGGGAUUGAUCUAAAGAGUGGGAAUCGUAUCACUGCUUGGAUUGAUUACAAGAAUGAGUUGAGGCUCCUAAUUAUUUUCUUGAGUACUUCGGAUUCUAAACCCCAACGUCCACUCUUAACGGUGGAUAUUGACCUUUCUGGGUACCUCAGAGAGAUUAUAUAUGUGGGUUUUUCAGCUUCAACGGAAGGAAGUUCUGAGACUCACUCGAUAGAGAGUUGGAGUUUUCGUAGUUUUGGUUUCCAUCCGGUGAGACCCAGAUUGCAUCCUCAUAAUGUAUCUGAUAGUUCAGUGACGAUGAUAACAGGUGUCCAUGGAUCUAGUUCUGGGAAUAAACACCACAACAAGCUUGGUUUGGGUCUGGGAAUUGCUGGUCCGGUGUUCUUUUGUGUAGCUUUCUCAGUGAUCGGCUAUCUUUCUCUGAGAAAAUGGAAGGGCAGGAGAACGGAGAAAAACAUCAAAGCAGAGUUUGUAGCAGGGCCACGAGAGUUUAGUUGCAAAGAGCUUAAGUCAGCUACCAGAGGAUUUCAUUCAAGCAGAAUCAUAGGCCACGGUGCAUUUGGGAAUGUUUAUUUGGCCAUCCUCAUGUCCUCUGGUGCAAUUGCAGCAGUGAAAAGGUCGAGGCAUUCCCAUGAAGGUAAGACUGAGUUUCUUGCUGAAUUGUCAAUCAUAGCUUGCUUGAGGCACAAGAAUUUGGUCCAGCUACAGGGUUGGUGUGCUGAGAGGGGUGAAUUGCUACUUGUUUAUGAGUUUAUGCUCAAUGGAAGCCUUGAUAAAAUGUUGUAUCAAGAAUCUGAAAAUGGUACACAAUUAAGUUGGUCUCAAAGGAAGAACAUCGCAGUUGGCUUGGCCUCUGUGCUUUGCUACCUGCAUCACGAAUGUGAGCAGCAAGUCACUCACAGAGACAUAAAGACCAGCAACAUAAUGCUGGAUGGAAAGUUUAAUGCAAGGCUUGGUGAUUUCGGAUUGGCUAGGCUCAUGGAUCCUGAUAAGAGUCCUGCUUCGACACUUCCUGCAGGGACUAUGGGCUACCUUGCUCCUGAAUACCUGCAAUUAGGGAAAGCAACUGAGAAAACUGAUGUUUUUAGCUAUGGUGUUGUUGUCCUUGAAGUGGCUUGUGCUAGGAGGCCAAUUGAGAAGGAACCUGAUAGUCAGAGAAUAGAGCAUUUGGUUGAUUGGGUUUGGGGAUUGCAAGCCGAGGGAAGGAUCCUGGAGGCAGCUGAUAAAAGAUUGAACAGGGAGUUCAAGGAGGAAGAGAUGAGGAAGCUACUGCUGUUCGAUGUUGGUGGAAAGAAUGGAUGGACCAAACCAACAGGGAAUGAAACAGAGAAUUACAAUGCUUGGGCUUCUAGAAAUAGGUUCCAUGUUGGAGAUUCUCUCUAUUUCAAGUACAGCAACGACUCAGUCCUGGUGGUGAACAAGACAAGCUACAAGGAAUGCAGUGUCUCGCAUCCAGUCUUUAAAUUUGAAGACGGAGAAACAGUUUUCCAGUUUGAUCGAUACGGGUUUUUCUACUUCAUAAGUGGGCAACCAGAUCACUGCAGGGCAGGCCAGAGGCUGAUUGUCCGGGUGAUGGUGCAUCCUGCAACAAACGCUCCACAACCUGCAGCUUCACCAGAAGGGAGUGGCUCGGAGGAUGGGGAUGGUUGGGAUUCAUUCUGGGGCCCUCCUCCUGUGAACUCCACUAUCAAGCUCACCAUUGCUUCGUAUUUCCUGACUGCUCUUUCUGGGAUGCUGGUCGUUCUCUAUCUGUUGAUGUAGUUUUGGGGUGAUUGAUAUCUUGUUUCUUGUUUUUCGUAGCUUGUGUUUCAUGACUGCUCUUAAUUAUUAGGUUGUUCUCUUCCUUAUUUCUUGUGUUAUGACAUUACCAGUUUCAUUUCUACUUUGGUUUUGUUGCUUCUAAUGCCUGUUUUUGUUGGUUUUUAUCAUAUCAACAAGAAAGGGAAAAUAAUCUCAUAAUCCACUAAUUUCACCAGAAUAAACAUAGUUUUGAUAA